UCUCGAAGGUGGCUGCUUCCUUUACAAGAUCUACACCCCGAAUUUUUAUUUUAACAAUGCCGUACUUACAACCCAGUGUCGUUUAUUUUUUAUUUCUUAUUUUGAUAAUUUUUAACGGGCUACUCCCGCAAAUUCAUGCAGCAAAAACAAGAAGAAUCAGAUCUAAGAGUGCCAGUCAGCAACAAGAUCAACCAGCUCCAAUUGACUAUGAUGAAUAUUAUGAAAAUUAUUCAGAUUACGAUGAAACCGGCAAUGAGACGACAAUAACUACCCCUAUCAGGGCCACAUCUACAAGUCAUGAUAAUAUAAGUAUAGAUCGCGGGCGAACUAGUGAAUCCCCGGAUAGUACUACAGUAUCAUCUCCUGUUGUAGAAUUAUCUAAUAACACAGAACCAUUGUCAACUGAGAUGGUACCGGGGGAGAGUAAUCAAAUGAAUUCAAUAGCUAGAAUACGCGGUGAGCAAGGAAGACCGGGAGAGGAUGGCCAACCUGGUAUCGCAGGGACACCAGGCGCUCCGGGAAUGCCAGGCUCGCCAGGACCUCCUGGAGCUAUACCUGAUAUGUCUUUGUAUUAUCAACAAUUAGCUUUGGCUCAAGCGAGCGACGAUAAAGGACCGAUCGACGCAGCCUCAUCCCUUUAUAAUCCAUUGAGUUAUUUACAAGCGCCUGUUGGUCCCGUCGGCCCGCGAGGAUCCCAAGGACCAUCUGGUGUGCCGGGAUUGCAAGGAUUGCAAGGCCCACGAGGUGAAACGGGGGAUCCGGGCUUACCAGGUUUGCCGGGACCUCAAGGAACAAGGGGACUACCAGGAUUUCCUGGAAAAGAUGGUGAACCAGGCGAUGAUGGCGAAACAGGUCAACCUGGGAGUCAAGGUGUUAGAGGUUUAAGGGGAUUACCAGGCUUACCGGGUAUUCCGGGAAGCAAAGGACAUCACGGAUUGCCAGGACUGGACGGUGCCAAGGGCGAGCAAGGGACAAUUGGUGAAAGAGGAGCAUCCGGAGCUCCUGGAUCUGCAGGACCAACAGGACCUCCGGGUCAAACAGGGCCAAGAGGUGAGAAAGGUAGAGAAGGGGCUCAGGGACCACCUGGUGUGCGUGGUAUUGACGGGACUAAUGGACAACCUGGUCAAUCCGGUCCUACUGGUAAAGUUGGUUCGCCGGGCUUUCCCGGAGUGCCUGGCAUGAAAGGUGAUCAAGGAUUUCCUGGAUUGAAAGGAAGUCAAGGAUAUUCCGGUCAGAAAGGAGACUCAGGGCGGAAUGGUGAACCUGGAGAAAACGGUGUUGAGGGUCCGCCUGGAAGAGACGGUAUACCAGGAGAAAAAGGAAUUGUUGGCACUCCGGGAUUAGUCGGCGUUCCAGGAUUUCCGGGCGCUAGAGGAUUUCCAGGUAUAGCAGGUAUUCCUGGAUCAACAGGUGCUAAAGGCUUUCCCGGUGUUGCCGGUGAGAAAGGAUUUAAGGGUGACAUUGGAAUGAAAGGUGAUUUUGGAGCUCCGGGACCGCGAGGACAGCCAGGAGCUCCCGGAAUAGAUGGUAAACGUGGCAAGAGAGGACCACGGGGACCUGUAGGAGUGACAGGACUUCCGGGUACACAGGGCAGUGUCGGAGAGCGUGGAUUGCCGGGAAUGCCUGGUCCAUCGGGUGCUCCUGGAGCCAGAGGACUGCGUGGCCUACCAGGAGAAGUAGGAUCACCGGGUCGAGGGGGAGUUGAAGGAAAAACUGGCGUACCGGGAUUGACAGGACUACAAGGAGUGCAAGGUGUACCAGGAGAAAUAGGUCCUGAGGGGCCCAUUGGUAAGACGGGACCGCCUGGCUUGAAUGGACGAGCCGGAGAGAAAGGGCCACCGGGUCUCAUUGGGUUACAAGGAGAAUCAGGAAGCCCUGGACAGCCGGGUUCUACUGGACCAAUGGGUCCCAUGGGUCUUACUGGUGAUCGAGGUCCCAAAGGUGAAGCUGGUAUUCGCGGCGUUGAUGGACCACAAGGACCCAAAGGAAGGCCAGGUCUACCUGGAAUCGAAGGAGUUAAGGGUGAUCGUGGAUUCGAGGGUCCAAAAGGAUCUAAGGGACACCGGGGCUUGAUGGGACUUCAAGGUUUACCUGGAAUGCCGGGUGCUAUUGGAGAAAAAGGAAUUAUUGGGAUACCUGGAUUAGCCGGCAAAGAUGGCAUCCCAGGGUUAAGAGGUCCGCCUGGCCGGGAUGGUAAUCCAGGGCCAAUAGGGCUCGCUGGAAAUCCCGGUUCACCAGGAGUUGCUGGUGAAGAUGGACGACAAGGACUCCCAGGACCUGUGGGACCUAUAGGACCGCCUGGGCCGCCCGGAGAAGGGAAUUUCGGAUACGAUGCGGCUUCCUUGGCCGCUUUGAUGAUGCAGGGACAGAGUAAAGGGCCUGAUGGUAUGGUAGGAGACGCGCCUUUUAGGCUCUUUGGUAAGGAGAUGAGCAAAGAUGAGCAGAAUGAGCUUCUAAUGAAAGCUUAUGAACAUUUGAAGUCAACAUUUAAAAAUGCCAUUCAGCCUGAUGGAAAUGAAAAUGCUCCUGCACGAACGUGUCGUGAUUUAUUUAUUGCAUAUCCGGACAAACCAUCAGGUGAGUAUUGGGUCGAUCCAAAUGGGGGCGAUAUCCGCGACGCUAUUCUCGUUCAUUGUGAUGUUAAUAAACGCGCAACUUGUAUCUUUGUGAGUCCAUCGAAAACCAAAGAGAUCAAUCAUAUAGACAAUCACAAUUAUCAUGGUAAUGGAAUUUGGCUCAGUGAAAUAACGGAUGGAAUUAAGGUAUCUUAUAAAGCGGAUAGCAAUCAAAUCGGAUUUCUACAAUUAUUGUCGAUUCAUGCGGAGCAGAAUUUGACGUAUCAUUGUAAAAAUAGCGUUGCUUUUUAUGACGAGGAACAUAAGACAUACAGGCGUGGAUUGAAAUUACUCGCGUGGAAUGAUGUUGAAUUAACACCAAAGGGUAAUCAUCGACUACGAUAUGAUGUAACAGUGGAUGGAUGUAAGGCACGAUCAAACGAGUGGUCGACAACCGAACUUUCAUACACCACGGAUAAACCAACACGGCUACCUUUUGUUGACAUUGGUUUGAGAGACAUUGGUAAAUCUGAACAAAGAUUUUGGAUCGAGUUCGAUUCUGUCUGUUAUUAUUAACUUAAGCAAUGACAUUGCACACACUUCAAAUUCUACGAUAUCUCGUUUUUUUUUUUUUGUACCAAAAACAUAAUAAACACAAAUUCAAUUAAUCCACUUUUAUUGAGUUAUAUCCACUCCUUCUCAGACUCAAACGCUAAAGGUACUUUUUAUGCAAUCACUAUACAUGGAGACAGUUAAAUGUUAUCCAUUUUAAUACCCUUGAAGCACCUGGGACAUUUCCAUACGUAGCACUAUGUGGAACUGAAAUUUUACUUAAUAUGAUGCUUACCCUGAAAAGUGUCAACCAGCGGAUGAUGGAAAAAGCAAAAUUAUAAGAAAUGAGAACAAAUAAUGAAAUUUGUCUAGAUCUUAUAUGUUAAUUCAUUUAUUUCUUCCUUAUUGAUAACUAGGGUAUUAUUAUUUGAAAUUUUAUAACAGACGAUAAAGUAUGGUAUUGGCGUAAGGCUUGAUAUUUUAACAUUACUGAUUUAUUAAUUAAAAAUAACUUGCAAUUUUCCACUUUGUACCUCAGCAUAAAAUAUCGUAUCAGAGAAUGAGAAUUUCCAAAUAACAAUGAAUAACAUGCUAAAAAAAAAAUUUCACAUUGAAAGUAUUGAAUUUGGUCGAAUUCGUUAAUAUCUCACCUUGUGUCUAGAAGCCAAAUGAGGAGACUCCCUUCACAAAUUCAUUUAACGUACUAAUUAUCAUACUUGAACUUUGUAUUUAUUGUAUAAUAAUCAAUAAAAAUAAUCAUAUCGUAAUACGUUGAGUGAAACAUAUCAAUGUAAAUGGUAUAAAUGAUGAUGAAAGGAUAAUGAUAAUAAUAAACACAUCAUUACAAUGUAGAAAGAAUAAUGAUGAAGAUAUUAAUAAUUGUAUCUAAUGCUAAGUGAAUUAUUUUAUUAUUUUAAUAUACAGCUAUAAUUAUACGAUUUUAUUUCUUCUUUGAGUUUUGCUCAACAUUGACACUAACAUCUUUAUAACUUUAUACAAGAAAGUCGUCGUUAAAAGUCGAUUAUUCAGUAAUUUUACCUCUCUACUUCCUUCCAACAUUCUUUCAAUAAUUGAAACUAUCGAUUUAUUUCAACCAAUGGAAAAAUUUAAUUAAUUUUAUGUUCAGUAACAUUUGCAACUCUUAACGAAUUCAUCUAAGAGUCUGAAAAAUAAUGGUUAGGCAUCAUUCAGACUGUUGGCUC